GUUUGCUCGUCGUCGCCGUAGUAUGUGUGUGUGUGUGUAUUUUUUAGAGUUGUUUCUAAGAUGGCGACGAAAAAAACGCGUCUUAUGUGAAUGCAAAUGCAAUCAUAACAACUUUAAUUUUAUGCUAAUAAAUGUGCGCUAAUUUGAAACAAAACUAAUAAAAAACAGUGCUGAAUAAGUGCAGAUUAUUUUACAUGUGAAAUUUGGUGCGAAAGUUUUGUGAAAAUGGCCACAAAUAUGUAUCGAGUCGGAGACUACGUGUACGUUGAGACAGCGCCGAAUAGUCCCUUCCUGAUACGCCGCAUCGAGGAGUUGAAUAAAAACCAAACCGGCAAUGUGGAGGCGAAGGUCAUGUGUUUCUACCGGCGUCGUGAUCUGCCCAACCCACUUGUACAGCUGGCGGAUAAGCAUCAACUGGCAACCGCCGAGGAUUCACCGCUGGCAACUAAACUGAAGAAAACCUGGCUCCGAACACCCGUGGGCGAGGAGCAGGCGGCGCAAGCUGUGCUCGAUCCCUCAAUAGCUGCACUCGAAGAGGAACGCACCAGCCCAACGCAAGCGUCUGCCGGCGCUGCCAGCGGCAAUUCCAGCACCAACAACAAUACUAACAAUAAUAAUAACAACAACAACAACAGCGCUGCGAGCGGCGCUGCUGGUGGCGAUGGAGAGAAAAGUGAAGCGCUAACCAGCAAACAGCGAUACCAGAUCAAGCAUCGCGAACUGUUUUUAUCACGACAAGUUGAGUCGAUACCCGCCACACAGAUCCGAGGGAAGUGCUCCGUCACGCUGCUCAACGAGACGGAAUCAUUGCAAAGCUAUCUCAAUAAAGACGAUACAUUCUUCUAUUGUUUGGUCUUCGAUCCGAAUCAAAAAACGUUGCUCGCCGACAAAGGUGAGAUACGUGUCGGCAGUCGCUAUCAGUGUGAUAUACCCGCCAAGCUAAAAGACACCGCCACAGAUGAGCGCAAGCUGGAGGAGCUGGAGUCACUGGUGUGGACGCCGGAGCACAGUUUGACCGAUCGUAAAAUCGAUCAGUUUCUUGUUGUCUCGCGUUCCAUUGGCACCUUUGCCCGCGCCCUUGACUGCAGCAGCUCGGUGAAACAACCCUCAUUACACAUGUCUGCAGCGGCCGCCAGUCGAGACAUUACACUGUUUCACGCCAUGGACAUUCUGCACAAGCACGACUAUUCAAUUGAGGAGUCCAUGUCCUCCCUAGUUCCUUCCACUGGGCCAGUGCUCUGUCGCGAUGAAAUCGAAGAUUGGAGCGCAUCGGAAGCUAAUCUCUUUGAGGAGGCGUUGGAUAAAUAUGGCAAAGACUUUAAUGAUAUACGACAAGAUUUUCUGCCAUGGAAAACGCUUAAACAAAUCAUUGAAUACUACUAUAUGUGGAAGACCACCGAUCGAUAUGUACAGCAGAAGCGCGUAAAGGCUGUCGAGGCGGAACUCAAGCUCAAACAGGUCUAUAUACCGCAAUAUAAUAAUAAUGGCAAGGGGAACGGUGCCAGCGUGAAGGCAGGCAGCGGCGGCGGUGGUCCAGGUGGCAUUUAUAAUGGCACCACCAAUGGUGGCGCCGACUUAUCCAACAAUGGCAAACCGUGUGAAUCAUGCGGGAUAACAAAAUCAUCACAGUGGAACUCCUUUAGCAAUGGUCACCUGGCGUGUCGUCUUUGUCAGAGUUGUUGGGACUAUUGGCGAAAGUAUGGCAGUAUGAAAUCUGCGCAUAAGGGCGAUGCCAACGAUGGGGAGGCUAAGAAGAAAGCUGCCAUUGCUGCGGCGCCAGCAACAGCGGUAGCAACAACAGGUGCCACAGGUGCCGUGGUAGAUCUUAACGAUGACGAAAAAGUCAGCGAUCUAAGCAAUCGUCAAUUGCACAGGUGUUCCAUUGUCAACUGCGGCAAAGAGUUCAAGCUGAAGACCCACCUGGCGCGUCAUUACGCGCAAGCGCACGGCAUUGCGAUCAGCUCAGGCUCACCGCGGCCCAUCAUGAAGACCCGGACUGCCUUCUACUUGCACACGAAUCCUAUGACGCGUGUCGCCCGCAUCGUCUGUCGGAGCAUUGUGAAGCCCAAGAAGGCGGCGCGACAGAGCGCAUACGCCAUCAAUGCACUGUUGGUCAAGCAGGAAUUUACGAAUCGUAUUAGCGGAAAAUCGCAGGUGGAGAUCAAAAAAAUGCUUCUGCUCAAGCCGAAGGAUCGUGGCAGCGUCACAAAAAUUGCUAAUCGUUUGGGCGCGCCUGGCAGCGGUCCACAUGAGUGGCUGGUGCUAACACCCAAGGACAAAAUGCCACAACCCGUUGUUGUCUCAUUCCCAAAGCCGCCCAAAGCCCCAGACGGCAGCUUAGUCUACGAGCGUGUGCCCAACAAAACCCCCGAUGUUGUCGCAGUCCCUGUGACUGCCGCCGACAAAGAGCUAUCCAUAAUUCCAACGCAAGCAACGUCUACGAUACGCAAGCGUGCACACGAAGAACAGCAACUCAAUGGUACCGAAGUCACCAUUGUGCCCAGCGGUCCACCUGCCAAGCGUCCUAAUAAGGAUCCCAUGCCUUCGCACUGCCCCAGUCCGGAGCAAUUUGCUGCUAUGAUGGCAGCAUCGGGUCAGCCGCUCUCCAGACAUCACCUCAACGGCAAGCAGAAGAUUGCACAAAUGGCACGCGGUGGCAACGGACGCAAACAGGUCAUUAGUUGGAUGGAUGCACCGGACGAUGUUUACUUUAGAGCCACAGAUGUGCACAAAAAAACACGAAAAAUACUCUCAGCUGUAGAUCUGCGUCGUGCAGCGCGCAAACCAUGGCGCUCACUGCCCAUCAAGUCAAUGGCCCCUGAGCCGAGCAGCAAACCUAUUGAAUCACAAAUCGUUAUACUGGACUGACCGUCGACGACCGAAACAACAACAACAACAGCGAAAGUAACUGCAGCAGCAUCAGCAGCAGCAGCGGCAACGGCAAAGUUGCUGUCAUAUUCAACAGCCAACAGAUUCGAACAGCAGCAACAACAGCAUCCGCCAUUUCCAUAUACAAUGGAUGCAUUGCUAAACUAGUGACCCAGAUUCUGUCUUUUAGUGGCUUGCCAUGUACAUACAUACAUACAUACACCCCGCAUGCAUUCAUACAGACCCAACAAACAUACAAUACUUACAUAUACAUAUACAUCUAGUGUAGGCAAGAGUUACAGCAUCACUAUAUGACGUUGGUACCCAUUUCACUAACAGCAAACCAACAACUGACAGCAACAUGAAAACCACUUUACUACCGCUUAAAUAGAUGUCUUUUUUAACAGAAAAACAAAAAACAAAUAGUAAGAUAAUAAGUGUUAAGAUCUAAAGCAAUAGUAAACACAACGCAAAACAAAUCAAAUAUUUAUUCAUAUUUUACAUAAUUUACAAAUUUUAAAAUCUCAGUUUACCGUACACAAAAAUCAACUACACUCCGGAAUUGGGCAUGUAUGAAACUCAAGAGAUAAGUUCAUUGAUUUUAUAUUAGUUUAUGUGUUAUAGGAAUUUAAAAAAAAUAUUUUUCUUUGCAUUGUCCACUUUAAUUUUUUUUUAGACGCUUGUAUGUAAUAAAUUUUACUGUGUUUUCUUUUUAAAUUAUAAUUUCCACAAGUUCCAUUAAAAUAAUGAAAUUUUGUUAAGCAAAUGUUGGUCGCAUGUUAGCUAAAACCAGAUACGUAAAUUUGAAAUUCAAUGGCCUCUAUGAUUUUGAAAUAUUUUUCACUCUAAAUUUGGAAAUGCAAAUAACAGACGAGAGAUAUUUUAAAAUUGAUUUAAUGCUUUAAGUAUCAAAACAAAUUGAAAACUAACCUUGUUAAUAAAUGUGACGUGCAAGAUUAUUUAAAAAAUUAAUUAUACGCUGUAACUAAAUACGAAAAACUACCACAAAUUGUACAGUAAAGGGGAUAAAGUUUAUAACUUCGAAUACAAUUUAUUUUCAUAAUUUAUAUACAAAUUGCAAAUGAAUACUUUAAAAUCGAUACAUGAUAGACACAUAGACAGACAUAAAAACAAACACAAAUAGAGCAUAUUAUUUAAGCCUAUAAGAAAUAAGAAACUAAACCACAUAACAUACAUUUAUAAAUGUAUUCGGAAUAAUAUGAUAACAUAAUAACAUUAUUAAUUUUGCAAAUGACAAGUAAAAUCCAAAAGUAGAUCAGCAUUGAGAACCCAAAUGAAAAUAUAAAAUAAACAACACAUAAAAUCAGCAACAAGAUCAUUUAUAAAUAUUGAUUAUAAACAAAUUCUAAUUGUAAGCCAAUCUAUGUAUUUUUAACUUUAAAAUUUAAGUAAUUUUGUAAAAUAAAAAAAUUCUUUAAAUUAAAAAAAGUUAAGUAAAAACACAAAAGAAAUGAUACCAGCAACUAAUGUCAGAAAAACGACCACAACAUUUAUGUUUGUUUAGAAAUAAAAUGCAAGCGCAUAUAGUAAAAAGUAAACAGAAAUUCAAGCAACAGAAGCAAAUCAAACAGAGCUAUAUACAUUAUUAUAUAUACAUAACUAUAUAUAAAUAUAGAUAUAUACAGUAUAACAGUACGAAAUCUGCGCAUUGCAUAUACAUUUUUACAAAGUAGGAAAGAAGAGCGCUGGCAGUUUGGCGGGCAGCGAGGGGGGCAAGAAACCGAAAAGUUUUCCAAAUAAAGUUUUAAAAC